AUGCAAUCGCAACUCACACUCGUAGAACCACUACCAGGUAUCUUCGUAGAACCUGGCGUUCUACAGCCUACGUCGGCAUCGAAGAUUCUCUACCUCACGCCCGACAAUGUCAAGAAAUGCACCAUUACACUCGAUCUGAAGGAUCCCGAGCAGACGCAAUAUAUUGUUGACAGCAACUUGGAGUUAACAUAUAUGCAUGUCCGAAGACCUUAUGAUCCGCCCGACCAGCCUCUUGCUACCCUUCAACGAAGGGAAGUAUUGCCCGACAAAAUCUCCUUCCGUGGCGGUGAGAAAAUCAAGGUGAAGAGUUGGUUGAGACCUCUGAAGGCAUUCAGUACAUUUCCUGCCGCUUUCGAAGAGAACGGCACCACAUAUGUCUGGGACGCCAGUAUAGUAGGGCAACUUUCGAUGUACAAGGCUUCGGAGCCCGAUACCCCAAUCGCUUGGUUCCAGAGUUCUCGCAAACUUGUGAUGGAUGGGGUUCCAACGGUGUUGCCAGCAUUCCUGGUCCUUCAACCCGAUGCCGCUGAUAUUCAAGAUUUGACGGUCGUUUCAUUCCUCAUCCUUGAACAAAAGGCAAGAAUGUCUAACAAACGGACCGAGCUUCUUAGCGGGAGGGCUGUACAUGGCGUAUCAGCCAUUGAUUAG